ACCACAAAUUACCUACUUUCCUUUUUCUACUAAAAGAUAUGAAAUCUUUGUUUGCUUUGGUCUCUUUCUUUUUGCUUCUUUCGUUGUUGAGCACUAUCAAUGGAAGAAAGGAUGUUGGGGAAUAUUGGAAUCAAGUGAUGAAAGAUCGAAAUGUUGAGCAAAGUCCCGAUGCUUCAAUUUACCGUAACGACGUAUCGUUUGAUGAUCGUAAAAUGUUUGCUAAUAAUGAUCGUUUGAAGACAAGCCCUUACGAUGCCACAAUUUACCACAAUGAUAUUGGUCUCAAAGGAGAGCAAAUAUUUGCUAAAAAUGAUCAUUUGAAGACAAGCCCUUAUGAUGCCACAAUAUAUCACAAUGAUAAGGUGGUAGGUAUGAAGGGUUCUGUGCAAUUGCCUGAUGUUUCAAUAUAUCAUGAUUGAUCCUUUGCCCCUAAACAAUCUUUAUGUUUUAUGUUAAUUAUUAUUAUUAUUAUUAUUAGUAUCGUCUUAUGUGUUUAUUUCUAGUGAUUGUAUGUGGUUCCACUAAGCUUAAUUGCUAAGAUAAAUUUAUAUGAUGUGUGAUUUGUAAUAUUUAUAACAUACUAGUGUCGCUUUACGUGUUUCA